AUGAAGCCCCUGCUCCUGGCCGUCAGCCUCAGCCUCAUUGCUGCCCUGCAGGCCCACCACCUCCUGGCCUCAGACAAGGAGAUUCAGGAUGUGUCAGGGAUGUGGUAUCUGAAGGCCAUGACGGUGGACAGGGAGCUCCCUGAGAUGAAUCUGGAAUCGGUGACACCCAUGACCCUCACAACCCCGGAAGGGGGCAACCUGGAAGCUAAGGCCACCAUGCUGAUAAGUGGCUGGUGCCAGGAGGUGAAGGUCGUCCUGGAGAAAACUGACGAGCCGGGAAAAUACACGGCUGACGGGGGCAAGCACGUGGCAUACAUCAUCAGGUCGCACGUGAAGGACCACUACAUCUUUUACUGUGAGGGCGAGCUGCACAGGAAGCCGAUCCGAGGGGCGAAGCUCGUGGGCAGAGACCCCGAGAACAAUCUGGAAGCCUUGAAGGACUCUGAGAAAGCCGCAGGAGCCUGCGGACUCAGCAUGGAGAGCAUCCUCAUCCCCAGGCAGAGCGAAACCUGCUCUCCAGGGAGUGAUUAGGGUGAGUGAACAACUUUAGAGGACAUUUGAGAAAAUCCAGCCCUGGGGCUCAGUGGUGCUUCAAGAGGCCCUGGGGUAUGUUUAUUGCGGCACUACUCACAAUAGCAAAGACUUGGAACCAAACCAAAUGUCCAACAAUGAUAGACUGGAUUAAGAAAAUGUGGCACAGAUACACCAUGGAAUACUCUGCAGCCAUAAAAAAUGAUGAGUUCAUGUCCUUUGUAGGGACAUGGAUGAAGCUGGAAACCAUCAUUCUCAGCAAACUAUCGCAAGGAUAAAAAACCAAACACCGCAUGUUCUCACUCAUAGGUGGGAAUUGAACAAUGAGAACUCUUGGACACAGGAAGGGGAACAUCACA